AUGCCUUCUCGGUUCUCUAUUCAGUCUGGUGCAGUUCCAAAGUCAUUCCUGGAGGGGGCAGGCAUUGAAGCUAGGCUUCCAGCACCGCCGCUGUCCAGAGAAAAGUGGAAAUGUCUUGCCUCCAGCGCCGAGGACGAUUCAAUACUGAACGGUAGCUUACACAAGAGAUUUCCACAGGGCAAAGUCGCAGAGCUACGCCAGGAAUUGAACAGUGGAGGGAAGAAGGACAAGAACAACUCAGCAAAGAAGAUUGCGCUGAAGAAGAUUAUUGCAAACAUGACGAUGAGCAAUAAUGAUAUGGUGGCACUCUUCCCAGAUAUUAUUGCCUGCAUGGAGAUACCAAGUUUGGAGAUCAAGAAGAUGUGCUUUCUGUUCCUGGUGAACUACUCUAGGAUGAAGCCAGACGCUGCGUUGAAGGCUCUCCCUUUGCUCGCAGAGGAUAUGGGGGACGCUAAUCCUCUGGUUAGAGCUCUGGCUUUGCGGACCAUGUCAUACAUUCAUGUCAAAGAAUUUGUUGACGGCACAGUGGCACCCUUGAAAAAGCUUAUGACAGAUGGUGAUCCAUAUGUCCGAAAGACGGCAGCUUUUUGCGUUGCAAAAGUCUAUGACCAUGAUAAACAGCUUGUGGAAAAGUCGGAUCUCAUCGAUCGACUAAACAAAAUGCUGAAAGAUGAGAAUCCGACAGUGGUUGCCAGCGCCUUGGCCGCGCUCAUGGACAUCUGGGAGAGAAGUGAAAGCAUCAAGUUGACCAUUGACUACGCCAGUGCGUCGAAAAUCGUCUCCAUAUUAUCUGACUGUUCUGAAUGGGGCCAGACUUACAUCCUGGAAUCAAUGAUGUCGUACGUACCGCAAGAUUCUGGAGAAGCUCUUCUUCUUGCCGAGAGAAUAGCACCGAGACUCUCCCACUCCAACUCAGCCGUCGCUUUGACAUGUAUCCGGGUUAUACUCUACCUUAUGAAUUAUAUCGCGGAUGAAAAGCAAAUCACUUCGCUAUCCCGCAAGCUCUCUCCACCCCUCGUUACCCUUCUCUCCAAAGGACCAGAGGUUCAAUACCUUGCCCUUCGAAAUGCAAUUCUUAUCCUCCAGCGACGCCCCGAAGUUCUUCGAAGCGACAUACGAGUAUUCUUUUGCAAGUACAACGAUCCCAUCUACGUCAAGGUGACGAAGCUGGAGCUCAUCUUCAUGCUGGCCAACGCACAGAACAUCUCUGUUGUUCUAGCAGAGCUCCGAGAGUAUGCCACCGAGAUCGAUGUUCACUUCGUAAGGAAAGCAGUCCGUGCCAUAGGCAAAUUGGCCAUUAAGAUUGAAUCUGCCGCCCGUCAAUGCAUCGACACCUUGCUGGAACUGGUCAAAGCCAAGAUUCCUUACAUCGUCCAAGAAGCCACAGUAGUCAUCCGCAACAUUUUCCGCAAAUACCCCAACCAGUACGAAUCCAUCAUCACCACCGUCAUCGACCAGGUAGACGAGCUUGAUGAACCCGAAGCAAAAGCCGCAAUCAUCUGGAUCAUAGGCCAGUACGCCGAUCGCAUAGAUCAAAGCGACGAGCUCCUCAAAGACUAUCUCUCCACCUUCCACGACGAGCCCAUCGAGGUCCAACUUGCUCUCCUCACCGCAACAGUCAAACUCUUUAUCCUCCGCCCUACAAAAGCUUCCGCCCUCGUCCCCCAGGUCCUGAAAUGGUGCACAGAGGAAACAGACGACCCGGACCUCCGCGACCGUGGAUUCAUGUACUGGCGUCUCCUCUCCACGGACCCCGCAACAGCGAAGAAAGUUGUCAUGGGGCCCAAACCACCCAUCACCGCUGAAUCGGAGAAGCUGGACCAAGCAACCCUGGAAGAGCUAUGUCUUAGUGUCGGUACCCUGGCGACUGUAUACCUGAAACCAGUCCACCAAGUCUUCCGCGGCGCGCGACCCCGGAGACUGAUUGAGAGCCCUGCCCUGCAAAAACAGAAACCGGAUCCUAACGUGCCAGAGAGUCCAUCUCUGUCCUUUGGCCCGUUCAUCAACCCUACUGGUCCGCAAGCGAGAUCUCCAACUUCACCCCAACAACAGCCACAAGAACAACAGACGUCGAACGGCCUAGCCGCCGCAGUUGAUGCCGCGGACCUGUAUUUCCAGGGUUUAGGGAACCAGCAAAUGGCAGCCAUGAGCUUAGGAGGGAACAACGGUGUGGCUGGUGGUGGAGCGGGCAAUAUGCUGAGCAGCCCCACGGAUGGCGGGUACGGAGGGGGUCAUGGACCCCAGACAGGCUAUGUGGUUAACCAGAAUCAGCCGCAGAUUGCCGGGGGUGAGGAUUUGUUGUUAUAG